AUGACAGUAGUUGGCGAUCAGAUGUCUGUGGCGAAAGAUCGUCAAGAGACGGCUGCUUGUACUGGAGUACCGGAUCUUGUGAAGGAUCGUGAGCAAAUAUCUCAGCGUCGUCUGGAGCUGAUGGAGCGCAAGAUAGAACGGGAGUUGGCAGCACAGAAGCGUCACUCCGUAGAGCAAGUUAUGCGGCUUGAGCAGUUGCAUCGUGAACAGCAACAGAUUCAACAGAAGCAGCAUGCACAAUUACUUGCUACAAUCCAGCAGCAGCAAGCCAUGAUGUUUGACCUCAUCAAAUCAUUGGGUCCAACGUCCAGGACUGGUGGAAAUGCUGCAACGAUGAUUAAGAGGUAG